CUCAGUUAUUUUUGCGCUGAUUUUGACAGAUGUCUUAUUUUAUCGGUGGUACUUCAAAACCAUGUGUUUGUAAAUAAUUGGUAAUAUUGUUGAAAAAAUAUUCAUCUAACAUGAAUCUUCUUCCUAAGAGCCACAAGGAGUUCAGCGACAAAGAUUAUUGGAAUACAUUUUUCAAGAAACGCGGCAAUAAAGCAUUUGAAUGGUACGGCGAAUAUUUAGAACUUUGUGGUCAUCUUCACAAAUAUAUAAAGCCAAAAGAUGCGAUACUUAUCACAGGUUGUGGUAAUUCAAGCCUCAGCGCCGAUCUUUAUGACGUUGGUUAUACAAAUAUAACGAAUAUCGACGUAUCUGAGGUUGUUAUAAGACAAAUGACUGGUAUAAAUGCAGCACGAAGCAGUAUGAAGUUCCUAAAUAUGGAUGCAUUAAAUAUGUCCUUUGAAAAUGAUGUUUUUAAUGUUGUAUUGGACAAAGGCACCCUAGAUGCACUAAUGCCAGAUGAUUCAAAAGAAACAAAUGAAAGGAUAGACAAGUAUUUUGCUGAAAUAUAAAGAGUGCUGAAGCUUGGCGGUCGCUUUUUAUGUAUAUCCUUGCUUCAAACACAUAUUUUAAAUAAGUUAGUUAAGGAAUUCUGUGACAAUUCAUGGAUGUUCCGUAUUGUAAGAUGUCACGAGGCAGAACAAAAGAAUAGUGAGAAUGGAGAUGGUAAUACAUUACCCGUGUUUGUUGUUGUAGCUACAAAGUUCAAGGAAUUACCUAAAUUGAUAAUAGAAGUGUGUAUGGCUGGAGAGAAAAUGAUCAGACUGGAUACUCCACAAGAGUUGCUGGAUUCUGUAAAAUCUGUGCAGGACACGGCAUUUGUUACUAAUGGACUUGCUAAGACUAAUCUGGAUGAAGAUGAUGAGGUAUCACUUGACCUGACGCAACCGGGUGAGGAGACACCUCGGUACACCCUGUAUGUGGUGGAUCAGAAGCGUAUGCAGGCUGCCAACAAGUAUGCCGUCUUCAUUGUGCCACAAGGCAGGGAGUCGGAGUGGUUGUUCGGUACAGCGGCAGGCAGACGUCAGCUGCAGCAGUCGGCCAAGUUCUCCCGGCUGGCGGUAGUGCUGCUGCGGCGCGGGCAGGUCUACCAAAGCCUCGACGCUGUCAAAGAGGAGCUGGCUCAUUCCGCUAAGAUGCUCGCACCAAAUGGGUUCUCGGGUCAGAUCCCGUUCCUGUCAGUGGGCAGUGACGUGGGGCGACGCGUGAAGGUGGAGGAGGGCAGCUCCAAGGUGUCGGGUGACUACGUGGUGGAGGACGUGGACGUGCAGGGCCUCACCUACCGCCGCCUCGUCUUCCUUGACAACCAGUUCCUGGUGCAGUCUGAGGCUAAACUUAAAUCCGUAAAAAAGAAGAACAAAGUCCGUACAGUGAUUGACUUCGGUGAGAUAUCGACGUAUCACUCGUUGAUGUGUGUGGGCGCGCAGCUGAUCCCCGCAGCGCGUGUGGCGGUGCUGGGUCUGGGCGGGGGCAGUCUCUGCAUGUUCCUCAAGAAGUGCUUCGAGGAGCUGAAGGUGACCGCUGUAGACAUCGACCCCGCCAUGCUCGACCUCGCUCAGAAACACUUUCAACUCGAAGUUGAUAACAGACUCGAAGUACAGAUUAAAGAUGGCCUUGAUUUCUUGAAAGAUGAAGCGAAGAAAGGAGAGCAGUACGAUGUGGUGAUGUUCGACAUGGACAGCAAGGAGCGGGGGCUGGGCCUCUCCUGUCCGCCGCCGCACUUCCUGCACCACCUCGCCCUCCAGCAGGUCUCCGCGCUGCUGCAACAACACGGUCAUUUCAUAUUAAACCUGGUGUGCAGAGAUGUAAAACUUCACGAGUCUAUACUGAACACGCUGAAAAAUCAUUUUAAAUAUUUAGCGACAGUGAAAUUGUAUGAAGAAGUGAACGAAAUAGUAUUUGCUACGAACAGCAGCAAGCCUUACACAACCGAGGACCUCGAGACGGCAGCUAAAGGUCUGAAUGCGAGAGCGAGACAGAAGAAACUGGUGAACAUAAAGUGUGUAGAUUUGAAGGACUUCUUACAAUCAGUGACUAUUGUUUCCUGAGGUCCGGCCAGUCGGGGACUCUGAGUGAGAUUCAUUUAAGUGUAAUUAUAAUUAAAACGGACAAUGUUAAUGUUUUUAAUCUCUUGUUAAAUUAUUAUGUAUAUGAAUUAUAUGUAUAUAUAUGUAUGUUCAUUUUAGAAAGAUAAAAGUGUUUAAUAUAUAACUAUGUUGUUGUACUCCAUUAUGUCGUUGGUAUUUUAAAAGAGAUGUAAUGUUGGGAUAAGUAUUGGUACUUAUAAUAUUGUAGACGUUCAGUAAUUAUUGUAUAUAUACAAAUAUUAUAAAGCAGAAGAGUUUGUUUGUUUAAACGCGCAUAUCUCAAACUACUGGUCUCAUUUGAAAAAAUAUUUUUUUGUUGGAUAGUUGAAUAGAGGAAGGCUUUAACAUUAUGCUGCGACCAAUAGUUUUUUU